AUGGCAUCAUCUGCAGAUGGCAUCAGGUAUCUAUGCAGACUACUGGGUCCCAGGAUUAAGCACCGCACUGCACGGAGCCAUGCACUGAGUGUGGAGCAAAUGGUUUGUGUGGCCUUGCGCUUUUUUGCUAGUGGAGCCUUCCUGUACUCAGUGGGGGAUGCAGAACAGCUGAACAAGGCCACAAUUUGCCGCACAAUAAGGAGUGUGUGUCUGGCUAUCAAAGCAUUAGCAGAUGUCUUCAUCUCCUUCCCUGGCCACAGAAGACUCUGUGACAUCAAAGAGGAGUUCUAUAGGAUUGCAGGUUUCCCCAAUGUCAUUGGUGCAGUGGACUGCACACACAUAAGGAUAAAAGCCCCCUCAGGUGCCCAUGAGGCCGAUUUUGUGAAUAGGAAAUCCUUUCACAGCAUUAAUGUUCAGAUGGUCUGCAAUGCUGACUGUGUGAUCAGCAAUGUUGUGGCAAAAUGGCCUGGCUCAGUCCAUGACUCCAGAAUCUUUCGGGCCUCUGAAAUCUAUCAGUGCCUAUCACAAGGUGAAUUCUCUGGUGUGUUGCUGGGAGACAGGGGGUAUGGCUGCCAGCCUUUUCUCCUGACACCUUUCACAGACCCCCAGGAAGCACAGCAGGCCUACAACCAUGCCCAUGCCAGGACCAGGGCCAGAGUUGAAAUGACCUUUGGCCUCCUGAAGGCACGCUUUCACUGCCUUCACAAAUUAAGGGUCAGCCCUGUUAGGGCAUGUGAUAUUACUGUGGCUUGUGCUGUCCUCCACAAUGUGGCCUGCCUGAGGAAG